AUGACAUCCCACAAUGCUCUCGACAGCCCCGACCACUAUGGGGUCGCUUGGAUCGCUGCUCUUCCCAUCGAGCGGGCCGCUGCAAAAGCGAUGCUCGACGAGGAACAUGCGCCUCCAACUGGCUUCGUUAGACACGAAACCGAUGCAAAUGUUUAUACAUGGGGUCGGGUGGGUGAGCACAACAUCGUCAUCGCCUCUCUUGCCGCCGGAGUUUAUGGAACUACCUCGGCUGCGACCACGGCCUCGAGCCUGCUUGCCUCUCUACCAUCCAUCCGUGUUGGUCUUUUGGUCGGCAUAGGCGGCGGCAUCGCCCGACCGGACGAGGAUUACGAUAUACGGCUCGGCGACGUUGUCGUGAGCCAGCCCGACGGGACCACAGGCGGCGUCUGCCAGUACGACUUAAUCAAGGCCAAGUCUGGUGACAGGCGUGAGCGCAAAGGCUUUCUCAGACCACCUCCGACCGUCCUCCUUAAUGCGCUUGCCAGCAUCCAGGCCGAUCACGAGUCGACGGACUCCAAGGUUCCCAACUUCCUUCAACAGAUGCUAAAGAAGAACCCGAAAAUGAAUAGAAGAUCCAAGCAAAGUCCUGGCUAUAUUCACCAGGGCACCGACAACGACCGGCUCUUCCAACCUUCAUGCGACCACGUCCCCGGGUCGGACUGUCGGGGCUGUGACACGGCUGACGAGGUUAAACGCGAUGCUCGAGACACCACCGACCCCGAGAUACACUACGGGACUAUCGCAUCCGGCAACUCGCUUGUUAAAGACGCCGCUACGCGUGAUCGGAUUGUUGCCGACAUCGGCGAGGACUGCAUCUGCUUUGAGAUGGAAGCAGCCGGCCUGAUGAACCACUUCCCCUGUCUUGUGAUCCGAGGGAUCUGCGACUACGCCGAUUCCCACAAGAACGAUCGAUGGCAACGCUAUGCCUCGGCCACCGCCGCUGCGUAUACCAAGGAGCUCCUAGCGUACGUGCCGGUCCAGGAGGUCCAGGAGACCAAGAGGGCACUGGACGUGCUUAAUCAAAAACUCGAUAGUGUGCAGCAGACCACUGAUUCCAUCCAGGCCGACCUUCGUACCGAGAAGAUCGAGCGCUGGCUUCGACCCCCUGAUCCGUCUACAAACGCCAACCACGCGAGGGAGCUCCGCCAUGAGGGGACAGGUGCGUGGCUCCUAAAAAAUCCGGUCUUCCAGGAAUGGCACUCGGGGGCGCGUCGAUAUUUAUGGCUGCAUGGGCUCGCGGGAUGUGGAAAGACGGUUCUCAGUGCGACUGUGCUAGAUCAUCUCGUAAAGGGAAACGACCGUCGUAUCCUCAGCUUCUUCUUUGACUUCAGCGACACGGCAAAGCAGACCGUGGAUGCCAUGCUGCGGUCACUUGCUUUCCAACUCUACCGAGGCAGGGCUCGUUCUGCAGGUGUUCUUGACGCCUCAUUCCAAGCACACCAGGAUGGCCGCAACCAACUUGCAACGAAGACGCUCUCAGAUGUUUUAUUCAAGAUGCUCGCAGUCCAGAAGAAAGUCUCUAUCGUUCUGGAUGCCUUAGACGAGUCGAGAACGAGGGCCGACCUACUCCUCUGGAUCAAGGACGUAGUGUCCAGGCCCAGAGCUUGGGCCACCUUAGUGACAGUCGUUCACGCCGCCGGCAAAGAGCUACAUCUUGCCCACUUUUCUGUCAAAGAGUACCUUCUCAGAGACGAGCGGUUCAACAUUGCGAUUGCUAGCAUUCCCAUUGCGAGGACGUGCUUGACUUAUCUUACGGACAUAAACUGUAACCACGAAGAGAUUAAGCGGGAUUUUCCAAUGGCAAGAUUUGCGGCGGAAGUCUGGACAUACUAUGCCACGUUCGCUCAGGCUUCGGAGAAUAUGGUUCAAACAACUGUUAAGUUCCUAGAAGAGGAAGUGACGUUUCAGCGGUGGGCUCGUUUGUAUCAGUCUGAUAGUCCCUGGGACGAUGACCCAGGUCCUCCACGAGGUUCCAGGCUCUAUUAUGCUUGCUUCGCUGGGCUCAUAGCACCUGCAAAAGUUCUUAUCAGCAAAGGAGCAGACGUCAACGCGCAGGGUGGCAUCUACGGCAACGCUCUCCAAGCCGCCUCAUCGAAAGGCCAUCAAGAGAUUGUCAGACUACUCUUGGACAAGGGAGCAGACGUCAACGCGCAGGGCGGCUUCUACGGCAACGCUCUCCAGGCCGCCUUAUCGGAAGAGCAUCAGGAGAUUGUCAAACUGCUCUUGGACAAGGGAGCAGACGUCAACGCGCAGGGCGGCUUCUACGGCAACGCUCUCCAGGCCGCCUUAUCGGAAGAGCAUCAGGAGUUUGUCAAACUGCUCUUGGACAAGGGAGCGGACGUCAACGCGCAGGGCGGCGAUUACGGCAACGCUCUCCAGGCCGCCUCAUGGAGAGGCCAUCAAGAGAUUGUCAAACUGCUGUUGGACAAGGGAGCGGACGUCAACGCGCAGGGCGGCAAAUACGGCAACGUCCUUCAGACCGCCUCAUGGGAAGGCCAUCAAGAGAUUGUCAAACUGCUCUUGGACAAGGGAGCGGACGAAGCAGACGUCAACGCACAGGGCGGCAAAUACGGCAACGCCCUCCAGACCGCCUCAUGGGAAGGCCAUCAAGAGAUUGUCAAACUGCUCUUGGACAAGGGAGCGGACGUCAACGCGCAGGGCGGCAAAUACGGCAACGCUCUCCAGGCCGCCUCAUGGAGAGGCCAUCAAGAGAUUGUCAAACUGCUCUUGGACAAGGGAGCGGACGUCAACGCGCAGGGCGGCCUAUAUGGCAACGCUCUCCAGACCGCCUCAUGGAAAGGCCAUCAAGAGAUUGUCAAACUGCUGUUGGACAAAGGAGCAGACGUCAAUGCACAGGGCGGCAAAUACGGCAACGCCCUCCAGACCGCCUCAUCGAAAGGCCAUCAAGAGAUUGUCAAACUGCUCUUGGACAAGGGAGCGGACAUCAACGCGCAGGGCGGCCCAUAUGGCAACGCUCUCCAGACCGCCUCAUGGAGAGGCCAUCAAGAGAUUGUCAAACUGCUCUUGGACAAGGGAGCGGACGUCAACGCGCAGGGCGGCCUAUAUGGCAACGCUCUCCAGACCGCCUCAUGGAAAGGCCAUCAAGAGAUUGUCAAACUGCUGUUGGACAAAGGAGCAGACGUCAACGCACAGGGCGGCCCAUAUCGCAACGCUCUCCAGACCGCCUCAUGGAAAGGCCAUCAAGAGAUUGUCAUACUGCUGUUGGACAAGGGAGCGGACGUCAACGCGCAGGGCGGCGUCUACGGCAACGCUCUCCAGGCCGCCUCAUCGAACGGCCAUCACGAGAUUGUCAAACUGUUCGAAUCAAGGGGCGCUAUAACAUCAUCUUUGAAGCGCUCCAGCUCUAGAAUUCCAGGCAACCUGGCAAAAAGACUUCGUCCUAUGGUCCCUGAAUCAUUUGAUCAAAUGGCCAAUCGAGAUUAG